UGUCUAAUAAAAGAGUUCACCGCAGUGGAUCCAAACCCCUGCAGUCCGUACAUCUCUCUAGCAAUCGAGUUCGAGAUCGAGCUACGAGCCUACGACGAAAGGGUAUCGUCGCAGUCGCUAGAACGUCGCUAGAACCUGUUCGUUUUCAUUUACAUCAGGUGGUGAUUCAAUCUGGUUGUAACGAUUAUAUACAUACAUUGAGGUGAGAUUACUUCAUAGAUUUAGCGAAAAUGAUGGUUGAAGAUCUCGGCAUCGAGGCCAAGGAGUCCGCGGUUCGCGAGGUCGCCAAGCUGUUGCCGCUUCCUGAGCUUCUGCAAUCCAUUGCAUCAAUCAAGGCAGACUACAUUUCGCGUCAACAGGCAAAUGAUGCACAGCUUAGUACGAUGGUUGCAGAACAGGUUGAACAGGCACAAGCUGGGCAAGAAUCACUUACCUCAUCUCAGAAGACAAUAAACCAGCUUCGCGAGAACUUUGUUUCUAUUGAAAAGCUAUGUCAAGAAUGCCAAACAUUAAUUGAAAAUCAUGAUCAGAUCAAGCUCCUUAGCAAUGCGAGGAAUAACUUAAACACAACUCUGAAGGAUGUGGAGGGAAUGAUGUCUAUUUCUGUUGAAGCUUCUGAGGCACGGAACUCUUUGAGCGAUGACAAGGAACUCAUCAAUACUUAUGAGAGGUUAACAGCUCUUGAUGGAAAGCGGAGGUUUGCAUUAGCAGCUGCAGGAUCUCACAAAGAAGAGGUCGGCAGACUAAGAGAAUAUUUUGAAGAUGUUGAUCGCACUUGGGAGACAUUUGAUAAGACAUUAUGGGGUCAUAUUUCAAACUUCUUUGACCUUGCUAAAGAAAGUCCACAAACUUUGGUUCGUGCUUUGAGGGUUGUUGAAAUGCAAGAAAUCUUUGAUCAGCAACUUGCAGAGGAAGCAGCUGAGGCUGAGGGAGGUGGCACAAUUGCAUCAAUAACAAAUCCUCGUAGAACUGCCAAGAAGUCUACCACUAGUACAGCUUCUUCUAGAAAUCUUACACAGCAGAAGUUGAAGAUUCAGGGAAAAGGCUACAAGGAUAAAUGCUACGAGCAAAUAAGAAAGACAGUUGAAGGACGUUUUAACAAAUUGCUAUCGGAGCUAGUCUUUGAGGACCUAAAAGGAGCUCUAGAGGAAGCUCGAAAGAUUGGAGAAGAGCUUGGAGAUAUAUACGAUUUUGUGGCUCCUUGUUUUCCUCCAAGAUACGAAAUAUUCCAGCUCAUGGUAAAUCUUUAUACUGAGAGGUUUAUUCAAUGGCUGAGAUUGCUCAGUGACCGGGCAAAUGAUCUAACAAAUAUAGAGAUUUUAAAGGUAACUGGUUGGGUUGUUGAAUACCAAGAUAAUCUGAUUGGGCUUGGUGUUGACGAGUCUUUGGCUCAAGUUUGUUCUGAGAGUGGUGCAAUGGAUCCCCUUAUGAACUCUUAUGUAGAAAGAAUGCAAGCCACUACAAGGAAAUGGUACUUGAAUAUCCUUGAGGCUGAUAAAGUACAGCCACCAAAGAAAACAGAAGAUGGAAAGCUAUAUACGCCAGCUGCUGUUGAUUUAUUUAGGAUCCUUGGAGAGCAAGUGCAAAUUGUUCGAGAGAAUAGCACUGAUGUCAUGUUAUACAGAAUCGCUUUGGCUAUUAUUCAGGUAAUGAUUGAUUUUCAAGCAGCUGAAAGGCAGAGAAUGGAAGAGCCUGCUUCUGAGAUUGGUCUAGAAUCUUUAUGUGCUAUGAUAAACAACAACCUGCGCUGCUACGAUCUUGCGAUGGAGCUAAGUAACAGCACCAUAGAAGCCCUGCCACACAGUUACGCUGAGCAGAUUAAUUUUGAAGACACUUGCAAAGGUUUUUUAGAGGUUGCAAAGGAAGCUUUGCAUCAAACUGUUAGUGUCAUCUUUGAAGAUCCAGGAGUUCAGGAAUUACUUGUCAAGCUUUACCAAAAAGAAUGGUGUGAAGGACAGGUUACUGAGUACCUAGUUGCAACAUUUGGUGAUUAUUUUACUGAUGUAAAGAUUUACAUUGAAGAAAGAUCGUUUAGGAGAUUUGUUGAAGCUUGUCUGGAGGAAACCGUGGUGGUUUAUGUUGACCAUCUACUCACACAGAAAAAUUACAUCAAGGAAGAAACUAUUGAACGGAUGAGGCUAGAUGAAGAGGUUCUCUUGGAUUUCUUCAGGGAAUAUAUUAGUGUUUCUAAAGUUGAAAACAGAGUCAGGACACUAAGUGACUUAAGAGAGCUUGCUUCGGCCGAGAGUCUGGAUUCUUUCACACUCAUUUACACAAAUAUCCUUGAACAUCAACCUGACUGCCCAGCUGAAGUUGUUGAAAAACUUGUGGGACUGCGAGAAGGCAUACCACGGAAGGAUGCAAAAGAGGUUGUACAAGAAUGCAAAGAAAUUUACGAAAACUCUCUUGUUGAUGGAAACCCCCCAAAGGCUGGUUUUGUUUUUCAAAAAGUGAAGUGCCUAUCUGCUUCCAAAGGAUCUAUAUGGCGAAAGCUGACUUAGUUCUGCUUCAAUACCGACGCCUAUGCUUGGACAAUUGGCAGCCUAUUCGGUCAACUUCUUAGAUGCCUCUGUGCAGAUGUAUAAAGGACAGGUCCAUAUUUUUACCCUCCAAACUAUAAUUUUUUCUCCGCAUUUAAUUCCGUUGAUUUUUUGCAUUUAGUUUAUUUUGAAAAUAAUGUAGUAUAAACCCCUCAGUAGUUCAGAUUAAUACUCAAAUGUAUUGAAACAUAAGAAACAGAAAAGGUGAAUGAAGAAGCGUGUUAGAUUCUGUGAUACGCGACGGGUACCACAUGUAACAUUAUUGCUCUGUCAAUACGUUAUGAUUGCUUCUGCAAACUUGAUGUUUAUCUUAAUAUUCUGUUCUGAUUGUUUCUA